AUGGGUGCUGGUCCCGCCUUCAUCACCAAAGGCUCUGCUACUUACACUCACCUUCUCGAUCCGAGACCAUGGUACAAGAACACCCGCCUCAUCAUUCUGAACUUUUGGAUCGCUAUCAUGCUCAUAACGUCCUGUACAAAUGGUUAUGACGGUAGUAUGAUGAACGGUCUGCAGUCUUUGACGCAGUGGAAUCAAGCGUUCAAUUAUCCUGCUGGUGGGACUCUCGGAUUGCUCAAUGCCAUUCAGAGCAUCGGUUCCUUGAGUGCCUACCCGUUUGCACCCUACAUGGCUGAUGGCAUGGGUCGGCGGUUCUCAAUCAUCUUUGGUGCAAGUUUGAUGAUUGUCGCUGCCGUGAUCCAGACUGCUAGUCAUUCAAUCCAGAUGUUCAUUGGAGCCCGUUUCAUGAUCGGUUUUGGUCAAACAUUUGCUGCUACCGCUGCUCCACUCCUCGUCACUGAGGUCGCAUACCCUUCCCACCGCGGUCGAGCAACUUCACUGUACAACGCAUUAUGGUACCUUGGAAGUAUCAUUGCGGCGUGGACUACUUAUGGCACCUUCACUAUCCCUACCAGUUGGUCGUGGAGAAUUCCUUCCGCACUGCAAGCCCUUACGUCAACGAUUCAAGUCUUGUUGAUCUGGUUCGUCCCCGAGUCUCCACGUUGGCUUGUGAGCAAGGGAAAGGAGGAACGUGCUCUCCAAGUCCUCGCUUAUUAUCACGCCGACGGCAAUGCACAAGAUCCUCUUGUGGAGUACGAAUUCGCAGAGAUUAAAGCUGCCAUUGCUUUUGAUCGGGAAGUAGCUGCGAAUGUUGGCUGGCUAAGCUUGAUCAAAUACCCCGGAAACCGCAAACGUUUACGCAUCAUCAUCGCGCUUGCUGUCUUCUCCCAGUGGUCUGGUAAUGGCUUGGUUUCUUACUAUCUGAACAAAGUCUUCACUGCAAUUGGAAUUACGGACCCAGAGACCCAGUUGCUGAUUAAUGGUGUUCUCAACACCUUCAACUUGUUUUUCGCCGUAACUGCCGGCUUUUGCUGUGACCGUGUGGGUCGACGUCCACUGUUCCUCGCAUCUUGUGCUGGUAUGAUCGUCUUCUGGGCCGCGCAGACGAUCUGCUUCGCCAUCCACCAAGAAACUGGUAGCAUCGCAGCGGGCGAUGCAGUCAUUGCUUUCAUUUUCCUUUACUUCGCGUUUUAUAGCAUUGCGUUCUCGCCCCUCGUUGUCUCAUACACUGUCGAAAUUCUCCCCUUCGCCCUCCGUGCCAAGGGUUUUAUCGUGUUCAACUUCAUGAUAUCUGUGUCUCUGAUCUUCAACCAAUACGUCAACCCCAUUGCCCUUGAAGCUCUGCAAUGGAAGUACUACUUGGUAUACCUGUUCUGGCUGUGCUUCGAAUGUGUGUUUUGUUACUUCUUCAUCAUUGAGACGAAGAACCACACUCUCGAAGAAACUGCGGUCAUUUUCGAUGGUGAUACAGACAUGGCCCAGAUUCAUAACGUGGCUGGCACACAUGCCGGCCUCACGCACUGCGAGGGCGAGGGCGAGGGCGAGGGCGAGGGCGAGAUCGAGAUCCAAGAGAAAAAGACAUUUGAGUCUCAAGUCGAGAUGACAGAUUAAACAAACUCUCCUUGACACGACCCGUCCGAGGCGGAUCGGGAAUCAUUAUGAAGGAUUUAAUCUAGUUGCCUUUUAUUUUCGCAAUAUUGUCCAUAACCGUAGCGAUGCCUGAAAGACAAACCCGGCAAUGUAGUGUUAUCAGGGUGUAUCCUCCGCUUGUG